AUGGAUGAACCUGCCAGUACAUCGAGUGCAAAGCGGAAACGGCUGAGCUAUGCGUGCAACUAUUGUCGCGAGAAGAAGACUCGCUGCGAUGAAGAACAGCCGUGCCGCAAUUGUCGGGUCGCAGGCGUUGAGUGCAUCACCACAGAUAAAAGACGACACGGUGCGCCGGUUGAGCAUCGAAGGCGACAUGAUCUUCCCAGUGCACCCCAGUUUGGUGCCUUAGCACAAUCCCAAAGUUGGAACCACGUCACAACUAGAUCGGCGCCGCAACGGGGACAAAGAACACUGAGAACUCCAGAGUCACAUUCCUCUUCUAUUCCCCCUCCUUCGGGUCAAGAUCGACCGCGUUUGUGGUCGCAAUGCUGGGGUCCGGAAGGAUGGAAAACGGGCCGGCUCCCGAUGAUGCCUCGUUUUGUGGGAUCCAGUACGUUGGAGUUUAUGACGGAAUGGCUUGACAUGGCCUUUUAUCGUCUCAAGGGUCCGAAAACACAUGCCCUUGCUCCAGUGGCCAAUCGAAAUUUUGCGACAUUUAUAUCUGCUCAAGCGCCGGAAUUACCUACAUCGGAGACAAGGCAGGCCUGUCUUGAUAAUUAUUGGAAUACCCUGCAUCAAAUAUUCCCUUUUCUCGACCGCGACACAUUGGAGCCAAUCUGCAAUGCAGACCCGCACAACCCGCAAGAUAUAUCCAUGCAUCAUGUUUCAGAUGCACCUAUCCAGGCUCUCAGAUAUCUCAUAGUGACCUCUGGCUUGUUGACCAUGCCUGCGAGCGAAGCCUCUAGGGUGAUGAUUUCAUCAUACAUCAGCUACUGCAAUUCGUUAUUGGGACAUAUUGUUGCCUCUUGCCGCCUAGAAUCGGUGCAAGCUAUUCUGCUCUUUGUGAUCGUGCUUCGCAACUGUGAUAAGAUCGCAUGGGCAUGGGACAUCCUCACAAUGGGUGUUUCCAUGGCCCAGUCCAUUGGAAUCAAUCAGACCAAGUCUUCUCAAUCCAGUGCCACGGGAUGCGAAGGGCCAGAAUACCGGACCUGGUGGUGCAUGUAUGUUUUCGAGAAAUUUCUCGCUCUUGAAACCUCUCGUCCUUCAACCAUAUGGGAUCGUCAACUAUCUGAGACUAUGGCGUCUUCGGUUCAGGUCGAUUCGGAAGGUGGACCAGAACACCAGUUCCGAAACGUGUUAAUUAGCUUGGCAAACAUGCUACACGAGAUGCAGGAGCGCUCUGCUAGAGCGUGGCGCCGCGAAGAGUCGUUGCUGCAGUCAGUAGAGCAGGCGAUCGAGGACAAGCUCCAAACUGGUGGUGAAUUAAUCCUCUUGCUUGCUAGCUGGCAGGAUAGCUUGCCCGCUGCGUAUAGGCCCGGAUCUACUCCUACACUCCAAUUUAGCAAUGGACCCCAGUUUGCAUUUCUUUCGUUCUAUUACAACCUCGGGGUCAUUCUUGUCAAUCGAUCUACUCUUCUCGUCCCCAAAGAGGAGCUACAUACUAUGGUCAACAAAUACGCUGCAGGAAAGCCAUGGCAGCAGAGCCUUUUGUCUGGGCCUGCAGCGGUUGCUGAAGCUGCUCGCCAAAUGGUAAAACUAUUCGUUUCACUAGAGGACUCUGGAACGCCGAAUUACCUCAACACGAUGGCGUCCCCGCUGGCUGCAGUAUACGCAUUGGCAGUGCACAUCUUUCGAGAACACCGCUCGUUGCUAAUCCGAUCUGACUUUGAGCUAAUGAAGGCUGCUAUGCAAAUCACGAAAGAUCAUUACCACAAGCAUGGCAUGGCAGAGAACAUUGAUGAUAUUCUAUUUGACUUGGUACAAUACAGUUCUCAGUGUCUUGAGACACCGCCGAUACCGCCCGACCUUGCGAGUUUAGGUGCAACACGUCCAGCUCUGAGCGAGUUGUUCAUGGAUGAUGAACCAAAUGCUAUGUCGCUCAGUUCACCGUGGGGCCCAUCGGCUCUUGAUUGGGCAGGAUGGGAUUUGAAUGAUUCAAGCCAUUUGUUCUAA